UGAACAACAGCUUUAAGCUUCUGCACGACGUUUCAAGCAAGAGCCCUUCCAACAUUCUAUUCCCUCUCAACAAUUCUAUAUCAACCCACUCCAUUUCUUCUUCGCUUCGGUUUUUUAUACCCAAUGAUAAUUUUUAAUAGGCAACGAAAAAAUAAGAUAUGAAGAAUUGAUAUUAUAGUCUUCUUUUUAGAGGGUGAAUAUGCCACCAAAAAGAAAGUCCAAAGCGAGCAGCUUAGCAGAAGUGUCAACGCCAAAAGCUUCAUCAACUCCAGCCCGCGACGAUGAUGCUAUGGAUGUGGACACACCGCAAGCCUCGGAUACUCCCCGAGCUGCUGAUACCCCCACAGCUUCCAAGCCUAGUCUACCACCACCAGCUGAGAUCCUCAACAAUCUCUGGACUGACGAUCAGGAAGCUUCGUUAUUUAAGGCAGUUAUUCGCUGGAAACCUUCAGGUAUACAUAAGCAUUUCCGUAUGAUCGCUAUCUCAGAACAUCUUCGCAACCACGGUUUCGAUCCCGAUGUCGAGACGCACACGCGCAUCCCCUCCAUAUGGGCCAAGCUCCGACUCUUCUAUAACAUGGACGCCAUCGACGAGCGCGACAACUCCUUCGACUACGUCAGGGGCGAAGCCGAAGGCCCGGACGAAGAAUCCCCCGAGAGCAAGUACAAUGACUUCGACCUACCUCCCGAUGACUUCCACGACCUCAUGUGGGCGCGUGCCGCCGCUGGCCCAGGCGAGGAAUCCGGCCCCUCCGACGCGGAGGUUAAUGAAGCGCCCGAGAAGCCGACGGCAGGUAGGAAGCGCAAGCGUGGCGGCGCUCGUGCUACCGCAGGAGGAGCCGACAUGGCAACCGACGCAGCUAGUGUUGCUGGUAGCACCACGACGAAGACGCGCCGAUCUAGUACGGUCGACGACACCGAUCAGGAGACCCCGUUCCCUAGUAGUCCUGCGGGACGGGCAGCUACCACCGCUAGGGGUGCGCGAAGUCAGAAGCGAGCUGCCGCCAAGGCGAAGGCCGCUAGUGCAGAGCCUGACGUCGAGGAGGAAGACGAGGAGGAAGAAGAAGCCGCUGACGAGGAUGAAGAUGAGGAACACGAAGAUGAGGCAGAAGAAGAAGAGGGCGGCAAGGAGGAACCUGAUACUACUACUCCGACUACGAGAUCUGGUAGAGGGGCUGCUGCUGCCAGGGCGAGAGCGGCUCGUGGACGGGGGAGAGGUAAGGCGGGUCGGAAGAGAGGGUGAUUAAGUUGAGUGCUUCGAGUGUGUUUUCCGCGAAGAGGCGGCAAUGUUGUCGGUCCCGAUGCCCGGCUUGCGACUCACGUAUGGAUUGCAUAAAUGAAAGUUGCGCCGACGAGGUUGACGAAGAAGUCACGAUGAUGUUUUAGGGCGCCAACAAUAUGCGGCGACACUAUGGUCAGGCUUCAUGCACGGCAUCACAUAGGGCAACGAGAGGUGACCCUUAGGAAUUCAUGAGAAAAAAACUGGGGCCUCCUGUAAAAUACCCUAGGUCUGGUAUAUAAGUAAAAAUAAACUACUUGAUUUUCAGUCCCGGAAUGGGGGUGUGGUAGUGUGCGAUGGGUGCAUGGUCAAUUUUGUUACCAUAGAUCUGGAGCAUGCGACUCGUAAUUUACACGCUAUCUCCAGUAAGACUUCGGCGUUGCUCAUGGCAGUAAACUCCCAUGCCUUUGUUUCGGAGGUCCACGGUUCGAUCCGGCAUGUCACCAGUGGACUCUAUUCUUUUUUUUUUUUUUUGGCCUUGUAGUACAGUUGUACAUGUCCCUCUAGCAACCAACAUCUUCACGCUUCAGGCAGAUAGAUUAUCCAGGAGAGGUGCGCCACCUGCACGUAAUCUUGACGACUGGGCAGAUGCCUAAGGAACAUAUAUAAGUAGAGAUGUGCA